AAAUUUUGUUUUAGAUGAACACAGUACCUUUAUUUUGUUUAUUUUUGUAUGUGGUGCUGAGAAUUGAACCCAGUGCCUCACAUGUGCUAGGCAAGAGCUCUACCACUAAGCUUCAACUCCAGCCCUGGAGAUACUUUUAAUGGUCUCAGUGGGACAGGGGAUGCUAUUGGCAUUUAGUGGAUAGAGACAAGAGAUGCAGCUAAAAUCUAGCACAUGAGACAAUACCCCCAAACAAAGAAUGAUCUGGCCCCAAAUAUCGGUAAUGCUAAAAUUGAGAAACUGGCCUCGAAACUGGCCUCAAAACAGAUAUCGGGGGAUUUUUUUCUUUCAGUUUGUCUUGUUAAUUAAAUAAAGGUUGCUAAUCAAAUAAAAGGAUAAUCUAUGCAGAUGGAAUCUCUAUAGAUAGAUAGAACUGUAACAGAACUUGUAAAUUAGGGAACAUUUUAUUGAAUUCUCAGUGCUGCCAAUUAUAUGUAAAUUGCAUUUAUGAUAAUGGAUACUAUUUGGAGGAGAAGUAUCAGUUGGAGCAAAAGAAUCUAGCUCUUACUUUUCACCUUACUUUCACCUGUACCUCAGCUCCCGGCCUGCUCUGGACAUACAACUUAGUAAAUAAUCAAACUAGAUAGAGGUUGAGAUAGAUGGUGGUCCUCUGAGAGACCAUGAUAGUGAAACUGUAGGGAAAACUUUUUUUUUUUUUUUUUUAUGGUGCUGGGGAUUUGAUCCCAGGGCCUUGUGCAUAUGAGGCAAGCACUCUACCAACUGAGCUAUAUCCCUAGCCCCAAAUUCUUAAUAACAUAUACUCUUAUGGCUGGCAAUCUUCAGUCUGCUCCCAAAAUUUACAGAACUAGCUUUAUUCUCCUUACAAGUUGCUUCUGAAGCUGUAUGGCAUACUUUGGACUCUGGAUUCAGAUCAUCUGGGCUUAAAUCUCAACUUUGCCAUUUGCUUUGUGACCUUGGACAGACUGGACAAGCCCACUGCUAUGGACAGUGCCAUCACCCUGUGGCAGUUCCUUCUUCAGCUCCUGCAGGAGCCUCAGAAUGAGCACAUGAUCUGCUGGACCUCUAACAAUGGGGAGUUCAAGCUUUUGCAGGCAGAAGAGGUUGCUCGUCUCUGGGGAAUUCGCAAGAACAAGCCUAACAUGAAUUAUGACAAACUCAGCCGAGCCCUCAGAUACUAUUAUGUAAAGAAUAUCAUCAAAAAAGUGAAUGGUCAGAAGUUUGUGUACAAGUUUGUCUCUUACCCAGAGAUUUUGAAAAUGGAUCCAAUGACAGUGGGUAGGAUUGAGGGAGACUAUGAAACUUUAAACUCCAGUGAAGUCAGCAACAAUUCCAAAGAUGUGGAGAAUGGAGGGAAAGAGAAACCACCUCAGCCUGGUGCCAAGACCUCUAGUCGCAAUGAUUACAUACACUCUGGCUUGUAUUCUUCAUUUACUCUCAACUCUUUGAACACCUCCAAUAAGAAGCUUUUCAAGUCAAUAAAGAUGGAGAAUCCUGCUGAGAAACUGGCAGAGAAAAAAUCUCCUCAGGAGCCAACACCAUCUGUCAUCAAAUUUGUGACAACACCUUCUAAGAAGCCUCCCAUUGAACCUGUUGCUGUCACCAUUUCAACUGGCUCAAGUAUUUCCCCGUCUUCUGAUGAAACUAUCCAAGCAUUGGAGACAUUGGUUUCCCCUAAACUGCCUUCCCUGGAAUCCCCAACUUCUGCAUCCAGCGUAGCUACCAUUUUUACCCCUACACCUCCUGUUCCGUCCAUUCCCCCUUCUUUGAAGGAGCUUCCUAGGACACUUUCUCCACCGCUGGGCUCCAACCCAGACAUCGACACAGACAUUGAUUCAGUGGCUUCUCAGCCAAUGGAACUUCCAGAGAACUUGUCACUGGAUCCUAAAAAUGAAGAUUCAGCUUUGCCAGAAAAGGACAAAACAAAUAAUUCAUCAAGAUCCAAGAAACCCAAAGGGUUAGAACUGGCUCCUACCCUUGUGAUUACAGGCAGUGACCCAAGCCCACUGGGGAUAUUAAGCCCAUCUCUCCCUACAGCUUCUCUUACACCAGCACUUUUUUCACAGACACCCAUCUUGUUGACUCCAAGCCCCUUGCUCUCCAGUAUCCACUUUUGGAGUACUCUCAGCCCUGUGGCUCCCCUGAGUCCAGCCAGACUGCAAGGUGCUAACACGCUUUUCCAGUUUCCUUCUGUACUGAACAGUCAUGGGCCGUUCACUCUUUCUGGCCUGGAUGGACCUUCUACUCCUGGCCCAUUUUCCCCAGACCUGCAGAAGACAUAACCUACGCACUUGUGAAGUGAGAGAACCAAGGAACAAAGAAAUAGACACUUGGCAUGAUUGCGUUUGAAGUGAGAGAUCCAUAGUUCUACAAUGCUGAUAAUAUACAAUUGUGAUUUUUGUCAUUUCCCACUGAAAUACCUUUUUAGGAUUCCCUCCCAAUAGGACUCAAUUUGGAUUAUAGGUAAAAAUGCCUUAAUUGGAGUCAAACCUCCCACUCUCUUCUUUUUUUCUUUUAUAUUUUGAGCUUUGUGUUAAAGUAAUUUUGGUGGGGUUUAGCAGCAAUGCUUUGCAAGAGUGGUUAAGAAUAGAGUUAACUUCUGGCCAUUGGGACCCAUUGACCAGGGGGAAAAAUUAAAGAAAUGUUAGUUAAAUGAAAUUGGCCAUAUCUUUAGGACUAAGUGUGCUCUGUUGAAUGAGUAAAUGUGAGUUUUUUAAAGCAGUGGGAGAAAAAGAACCAUUCCUCUUCAUACACAGUAAGAUUGGUGCAGUACUACUGAGGAGAUUUUGUUUUGUGCGAACUGCAACAUGUAUAAGCAACUCCAAAGAAAGGCAUCUUAUUUCCAUUUAUUCUGGGUGGGUCUCUUAGCUACAUGCAUGGUCUUCUCUGGACCUGUCAACAGGGCUUAGAGCUAGUCUAUUUCAACAUAAGAUAUUCAACUUAGGGUAUAAGAUGGUUUUUAGAACAUUCAGUGAGACUGUGGGACACCCCCCCCCCCCCAUACACACACACAUCUAGCACAGUAACGUCUUCUCUCUAAACAGUGAUUCCAUACCCAUAGAAUACAGCAUGGCACACGAUGACUUCUAGGAGGGUGGACUUGGGUUUUGAAAAUUGGACGCAUCUCUAAAUUAAAGGUUUGAUUACCUUGAAGCAACACAUGGGGCUCUUCCCAGUUAGAAGAGAGCCAAAGAGAAAGAAUCUUGCUCCUUCCUAUCUGGUUUACCCCAUUUCCUGCUGUAUAUUUAGCAUCUUUCCUUUUAAAUCAGAGGUUAUUAGGGGUUGUGACAGUGUUCGGAUGUAAUUAGGAAGGUAGACUGCAAAGAGAAGCCUUCUAAUCAGUAGUGAGACAAAGAUGUGCUUGUUUCUUUCAGUUUCUCUCUCUCUCUUUAGGGAAGAACAGAUUUCAUUUGGCAAUGCUCAGACAUAGUGAUUGCAUUGUUAGACCUUCAUCUCUAUAUUAUAAGAUUUAUAAAAUAUUACCUUAGGUAAGUCAAUGCCAGGUGUGGACAGCUAGCUUGAUUCCCAGACUGAGUUAUACCAGUAUCACAGUGGAAUCUUUUGAGAAGUUUGGCUUUAAAGUCCAGGACUAAAUUAACAUGCUUCCACAACUACUGUGCCCAUUAAACAAACUAGUCUCUUAACCUUGUAGUUGAAUCAUGGGAACUAAGUGGAAUGAAGGAGUAAGACUUGAGGGCUCAACAUGAUACUGUUACAAGCCAGCAUCUUCCAGAUGCACAUUAUUUGCUUUAAGUUUUAUUUACAUACCGUGUAGAAAAGCUUUUGUGUAACAUACUGUGCUGUCUCAUUAGCAGUGGAAGGAAAGUCCUCGAUGAGCUGCCUCUGAAGGUGUGUGUUGGGGACCUGUUACUACUUUGUUGGUUGUUACCAGCUGAACGUUCUGUUCCUGAGAUGUGCAAUAGUAGUGUUGAAAGGUAGUGGUCAGUAGUGAUGGGAACAGACAUUGGACUUUCUUCCCAUAUUGAAUUAUUUAGCUUUCAUACCUGUUUUAAAUUAGAUCCCUGAGCAGCUCUUUGGAAUAGUUUUAUUAGGCUAACAUUUUGUAUAGUAAUUAAAUAUUGAUGGUUGGUUUAAAUAGAUGUUUUAAAUUCUGAAAGCACAAAAGUAUUUUUUUUUUUAAUCUUUGAGUUAAAGGAGAAAAGCCAUUGGUUUAUUUUCACAGAUGAUAUAUUUGAUAAUUUUCUGUCUCAGCACAAAGGUACCUUAGCACCAUUAAAACUCAAGGCAUUUCCCUAGGAAGCUGUUUUAACAUCAGGUCUCCUUUGCUUAAGUCUGUCGCCAAAGCCUCUGAGAGGCAUGAGGCCUUAGGAGGUAGAUGGUGCUCUGCUUUCUCUUUGAGAUCAACUAAGUUGGGGAAGCGCUUGCGUGCAUGAGUGUGUGUGUGUCUGUGUCCAUGUCUGUGUGUCCUUUUUCAAGUCAAGUUUCACAACCUUAGCAAGUGUGUGAGGCUCUGAGACAGCCUCCCUCCUGGAAAAGUCUAAGAACAAUUCUUAGCAUCAAAAACAUACCACGUGGGGCGGGGGUUGUGGCUCAGAGGUAGAAUGCUUGCCCAGCAUGUGUGAGGCACUAGGUUUAAUCCUCAACACCACAUAAAAAUAAAUAAACAAAAUAAAAAUAUUGUGUCCAUCUACAACUAAAACAAAUAUCAAAAAACAAAACAAAACAAACAUAUGACUUGAGUAUUCACUGGGGAGACGUGUUUCGUGGCUGCAGCUGGUAUCUCAGUAGUCACUUUGUUAGGAUAAUUGCUGGUGGGCAACGGUAGCCUAAGUCAAAGGAGAGAAGCAGGCUGCCAGGGCCUUGGGAUGUCCUCUGUGAUCACUUCUGCUCUAGUCAUCUGCUGGAAAAUGUUUAGCAGCCAGAAUCUCUGAGGUGGCCAGGGGAACCCCUGAAUUUAUGGAAUUUAUCAAUUUUCUUGAUGUAUAUUACUCCACUGGGGCUGAUUUUAAGCCACUGCCAUGGAAUUGAGAAGGGAUAUUCAUAGUUGAUGCAGAGUCAGUGCCAACAAACCACUGCAUUUAUUCCACCCCUGGGUGGAUUUUCACGUUUAAAAUAAUUUUUAAUUAUAUGCUGAUUUGUAAAAUUACCAAAUUAAAAUCUCAUGUCUUGACUUCAGUAACUUUUUUCCUCUGACACUACCGAUUGAACCCAAGGGCCUUCUACCUCUGAGCUGUAUCUCCAGCCCUUUUUAUUUUUUACUUUGAGACAAGGUCUUGUUAAGUUGCCCAGGCUGCCCUCAAACUUGACGUCCUCCUGCCUCAGCUUCCCGAGUCACUGGGAUAACAAGUAUGCACCACUGUUUAAAUCUUUUUUUUUCCUCUCACAGUUUAUCACAGUGCUUUUGUGAUGUUGUCUUUCUCAUGGCAUACUUUGUAUGUUUGAACAAAGGGAAAACUUUCUUUUAAAAAAAAAAAGUUUAUACAUAAUUGAAGAAUCUAAGAGAUUCUCCAAAGGUCAACCAUAAGUUCUUAUCUUUGAAAUCUAGGAUAUUUCCCCCCCACAUUUUGGCAAUUAAAAUCUAGGUGUAAUUUUUUUUUCAAAUUUUGGUGUGGAGCCAGGUGUGAUAGCACACACUGUAAUCCCAGCAGAUGGGGAGGCUGAGACAAGAAGAUCAAGAGUUCAGAGCCAGUCUCAGCAAUUUAGCAAGGUCCUAAGCAACUUGGCGAGAUUCUGUCUCUAAACAAAAUAUGAGAAAGGGGGAUGUGGCUCAGUAGUUAGGUGCCCCUGGGUUCAAUCCCCGGUAUCAAAAAAAAAUUUUUUUUUUUUUUUUUUUUUUUGGUGGGGAAAGUAAGCCAUGAGGCUACUGAAUUCCUUCCUUCCUUCCUUUUUUUAAUAAUGGGGGAAAUUCCUUGAAGAUUUAUUUGCAUGCUAUAUUAGAGAUCAAAAAAGGCAUUGACUGGCUGUUAAAUCUGAGACUUGGAAUUCUGGAGCUGUAACUCCAGGCUAUUUAUGGUAUCACCGCAGUCCUAUUCCCACCAACAUUGGGCAAUGUCUACUCUGGUAGCAUUGUUUCAUUCUGAUUUUAGAAUUUGUAUUAUAAUUCCAAAGUUCUAAAAGGUAACUUUAUGUUUCUAUCGAUUUAAGACACUCAGUGGUAUUUCAGAAAAGUGUUCUCUACCACUGAACUACAUCCUCAGUCCUUUUUAAAUUUUAAAACAGGGUCUCACUAAGUUGCUGAGGCUGGCCUUAAAUUUAUGAUCUUCCUGCCUCAACCUCCCAACUGCACAUUGGGAUUACAGAUAUGUGCCACCAUGCCCCAGCAGUCUCUAAUCAUUUUUAACACACCCCUCAUCAGUAAAUUUUUGAAAACAGAAACUUUCCCUAUGAAAAACUCUCAUGUGUUUCUGUUGUUAUAUACCACUACACUAAAGUAACAUGUAUGCUAUAAAAUAUACGUAAAACUAGAGAAUUUUAGACUUGCAAAUUUUCAGGAGAACUUGUCAUAAGCUUUUGAAAUUUCACAUUAAUUUUUUUCACAGUUGCCAAAUAACAUCGAUUACCAAAUGUUUUCCAGAGCGUCAUGCAUAUUAUUUCUGACAGCUUGUUAUCUCUUUCAUCUUUGUAUCAAGUGUGCUUAAAAACUUCUUUUGUUCUUGUGUUAUAUUUUACUAACAUUCAGAUUUCUUUAUGCUAAGAUAUAUAACAAUUUCCACUUUCUUUCUGUAUUAAUAAAUGUGUGUGUGUGUGUGUGUGUGUGUGUGUGAGAGAGAGAGAGAGAGAGAGAGAGGAGAGAGAGAGCGCCCAUGAGGGAGAAAGAGAGAUAUAGCAUCUGAAGGAAUUCUUUUCUUGAUGGGUCUGUUCUGCUUAUUGCUUUAUUUACUAUAUAUGUUUUAUUUAUCCCCAGAAAUCUAGAAUUGUGCUGAAGUGCCCUUCUAAGGUGUAGAAACAAUUGUGGAGAUAAUGCAGGUUGCUGGGCAAAAACUUGGGGCUCUGAAUGAACCACCAAACCCAAUCUGAGGAUGUGAUAGAAUAUAGUAUUUCUAAACUGGAAUCAGGCUGUUAAUGUCCAGGCCACAGUAGUUUGAAUGAAGUGAAGGUCAACCAUGAUUGUCUUUCUUCAGCAGGUGCUCUGACCAGAGAAGCAUUCUGUGGAAAGUAUUUUAAUUAUUUUUUUGGUCUGGGAUCAACAAAUAAAUGUUUUGUUUUUGUUAUCAAUGCUGGCAUUGCCUGAAACAGGUGCCCUGUUUUAACAUGAGAACCAUCCUCACUGAAGGAAAAAGUUUUAAUCUUGGAGUCUAGAAUUCUUCACAGAGUGGUGGUGGUGGUGGUACUGUAUUAAGCAAGAACAGGAGGUGCUUGAUUUCACUUCUCAUUCUUGGUAGAACCUGCCACUAUCAAAGUUGUGUUUUGACUAUAAUAAACACAGCAGAUCUGAGAGGUGAAUUGGUGGUGGUGGUGGUGGUGUAAGUGGCUUACCAGUGCUCCAUCUGAAGCUGCCAGGGUCUUCUAGCUGCUUUUCUGAACAGAGAGAUACCUGGAUAGCCUGCCAAAGAGCAGCCAUUUUGAGAAUGCUGCCGUUCAUACUUAGCCAUUGUGAAAGAUGGAAACCUGGAGGUUUGUGCGAGAGGGGAAAUGUUGACUUUAAACUUCCUACAGAAGCCAGGAAAUUCAAGCUGCUGUUGUCAUUAUUUUAUUUUAUAUUGCAGUGCUGGGGAUCACGUAGGCCUUGUACCACAGAACUAGACUCCCAGCCCCACAUAAUUUUAAAUGAAACCUCUUACUAGGACAUUCACGAAGGACACAAACAUAGUAAGUCUCUUGAAUGCUAAAUUUUUGUGUGUAAUACACAUCAGGGAGUUUUAUGAGAUUUAAAACUUUACUUUGAAAUAUUUAAUUGGGAGACUAGAAUAUUCUUUCUAAAUCAUUCUGAUUUAUUGGCUAAGUACAUGUAUGUGUAUGUAUAUACUGAUGUAUGGACUGAGAGAGUGUGUGUAUAAAUCUGUUUUUCACAGGGAUUAUAUAUUAUCCUCUAAACUAGGAUGGCUCCUAGUUUAUUUUAUACUAAAACUCAAAAAAAAAAAAAAACAAAAAACAAUUUGCUGCACUUUGCAGUUGCUACUUUUUAAAGAUUAAUGUCUUGCACAUUUCAGUUUUUAAAUAUACAGAAUUGUGGGCCUUAAAGACUAAUUGCUUGCUAACAUUUUAGAAAUACCGCACUGAAAUAUGUUGUACUCGAAACAAGGUCAUCUUAAACUCUUCCCUUAUGUUCAUAUAUUAUUGAGCUAAUAAGGAUGUCUUGUCUUAAAAUUUCUACAUUUCUGUUUGCUUUUGUGAAAAUUUUUAUUUGACUUGGUUGUUAAGUUUCUCAGAAAGGAGAUUUAUAUUAGAAGUACUGUGUCUACCAUACAGAGAAUUCAACCAUGGAUUGAUAUAAAAAGUGGAGGAAUUCUAGCUUUGUGCUUAAUUUACCCCAUUUAAACUGUACACAAACAGCAUUAACAGAACUGCAAAGGAGGGCUUCUGAGUUGAAUGGUCUCAUUCCCAUCUCAUAAAGGCCCGCUCUGGUUCUCUCUCUUCCAAGGAUUAUGAGCCAUGCUCAGACAGGCCUGGGAUCUCCUGGAUGGGGUAGGGAUGGAGUGGAAUGCCCUGUGGCUGGCCCAGAGUUCUAGCCAAUAGAACCAUUCAGAUCUGCCUGGCAUUCAUGGUGGGAAUAUACCAUAUUAAAUCACUUCGCACUUUCUUGGGCACCAUUAUUAGCACUGUUUUUGUUUUUAAUAACUGGAAGCACUUAAUGAUUAUUUUGUUUAAUUUCAGCUUAGUAUAUUAGGGGUCAUGGGAGUAAGGUUUAUUUCUCAUUUACUUUGUGGGGGAAACUUAGGAGUGUUUGGGGAAGGGAUAAAAGACUACCUAGUGAGCCAUUCUUCUAGGUUGUGUAAGGUAGGCUCUUUGGGUUAGGAUGUUUUAAAGUAAUUUGCAAGCUUUUAAUGUACUCUAUGAUUUUUAAAAGAUGUGCAGUUGCUAGAUUAUACUUAAAUAUGAAAAAAAUCCAACUAUAAGUUUUUUGUUUUGUUUUGUUCAUGUUCACUCGUUUUCUUGUCUGUCAUGUAGAGGACAUAGUCCCUUCUAAGACAUUUCUUUUUUUGUUUGUAUUUUGUGGCAGUAUUACCAGUGGCCUUUGUGUGUACAUUCAUUGCUUGCAUUCAUUGUUUAUAUGAUAGAGAAACAUAUUUUAUAAACUUCCCUGUUCAGUAUUAGUGAAAUUAACUAAGAUGCAUCUAUGUAAAGAUAAAAAAGAAAUUAAUACAAUUAACUUCUGAUCAUUGGGGGCCUAUUUAUUCUGUUUGGCUCCUACUCUUUUCUAGUCAUAGUCAUGUAUUUCUUCACUUUGCCUUCUAACAGUUUCAUUUAUCUUUGUGGAGUAGGGAAGAUUUAAAUACGAAUUUCAGUUCAUUUUGCUACUGGAUAGCUUUGUUUAGAGGCAAAUAAAAUUUUGUUCAAAAUUAAUUUCUUAGAAUUAUGCCCUUUAUUCACCAGAUAAUCAGAUUGGCUUAAGAAAAGAAGAAGUAUGUAUAACUUUGCUUUUCUUUUGUGCCUGGGUCUGGUAUGUUGCCCAGGCCGGCUUUGAACUCCUAGACUCAAGCAGUCCUGCCUCAGCCCUGUUGAGUAGCUGGAACUACAGGUAUUACACCUGACUUAACUUUGCAUUUUGAAGAACAAACUAAUAAUUUUCCAUGGGCCCUACUGGAUCUUAAAAAGAAAAAGAUAUCUGAGAGACAACUAAGGAUCAAUGGGAGUUAACCGUAGGUUAGAUUCUUUAAAUUUCAUACUCUGGGUGGUUUAGAGUUGAAACUGGUUUGUGGACUAUAAAAUAUGGCCAGCAUUUAAAAAUUAAAUGAUAUUAAAUAACAAACUCUAUUAGAUAUAGUACAAGUGCACAACUACCCAGAAUGAGUAAUUUAAGGUAUUACUAAUAACUUAUGUUAAUUAAUUUCAGUUUAACUUACAUUAGGGAGACGUUCAGAGUAUUAAAAUCACCUUUUUUUCCUUCUUCCUUAAAAGGCAGUUAAAGUGGUAACUGCUAGUGGUUAUGAAAAUUCACAUUAAUUGUUGGUGAAGCCGAUAGAAACUGCCUUGUCAUCUAGCCAGCAGCAGGGUUUACCUGGUGAACAAAGGCAUGUUGUUCAGGGUUGAUUAGGGUGAUUGUAUCUCGAGUCUGGAAUUCUGUCUCUGUGCACAAAGAAACUUUAUGCAGAGUUUAGGUGGGUAAAGAAAGGGAUAUGCAAGCACUUUGAGGGCUUUAUAAUAUGCUGCUUUUAAGAUUAAAAAAAAAAAAAAACAAUUAAUACUCGGUGCAUUUCCACACAUUGUAAGGGGUUGCUCUGAGUAACCAACCAGGUGGUCAUUUUUUCUAUCACCUCCCAUGUUUUAUGCAAAAAUUUUGUUAAAUUGUAUAAUGGUGGUAUGUAUCUUUUAAGAAAGAUGAUACAUUUUUAAACUAUUUUGUGUAAGAACUGACAGAGGAAUUUGCUUUGUAUAAUGCAAGCUGGCUUUAAGAAAGCACUGUAGCAAAUUUACUACAAGUCCAAAAUUAUACAGAUAUAUUAGUAGAUAUGUGUGCAACUAGAUAUGGACAACAGUUGUAUUUUUUUAAAUAAAUAUUUUUAACAAAAUAA